AUGGCAUCGAUUGGCGAUAUAAUCGCCCUUCUCGAGGUAACUCUUAAAACAUCUAAGCAUUUACGGGGAGUUCGCCACGCCACAAAGGAAAAGGAGCAGUUUCAAGGCCAGAUUGAAACCCUACUCUCAACUCUGAAGGGGCUGAGAGCCCGCGAUGAUUCGAUUGACUUUGAAAAUCGACAGAACGUCGAAAAACUGGUAAAGCAGUUGCAGGUGCUUACGAAUGAUCUAGAAAGUCAACUUCAUACUAGUUCAAAUCCCUUGAAGGCUAUAUCUCAACGUUUGUUGUGGCCUUUAAAGAAGGAUGAAAUCAAAGAAUCUUUCCAAAAAAUUACUGAAAUGAUCCAAUAUCUUCAAUUGGAGACUGUCGUCGGCGACAAGCUUAUACGUGACGCUGAGGACCGCAAGGAAUUCCAUGUUGCACGCGUCUACUGCGACCAGAAGACAGUGGAAACUCUUGAUAAUCAUCUCGAUAUUGUCAUGAGCCUUUGGAAGCAACUUGCUGAUUCUGUAGACUUCAGGUUGGAUGAUGAAGAUUUCAAGAGCCUGGAUGCCAAGCUUGAACGCAUCAAAUUUCGAAGCAAUAUUGACGAACGAGAAUUGAAGAUGGGAAUCUUCGAUAAGACCAUAGCCCAGGGAGGGAAAGUCAUUCUCAUUCUUGAUGGACUCGACGAAGUACCCGAAACGCUGCAGUCAAAGUUGAUAGAUGAUCUCAAGGCGAUACAGGGGCGAAACCAACAAUGUCUGCUACUCGUGUCCUCUCGCCCUUAUGCUCAUAUAACGGAGAUGUCCGAGAACGAUUCAAAGUUCAAUUUGGAAGCGAAAGAAAUUGACAUCCAGCUUUACGUUGAUGACAGAAUUUCGAGGAAGAAGCAAGAGUUUUUCAAACGUCCCGAUAUCGCCGGUCAUAUCAUCUCAAGCCUAACCGGACGAUGUACGGGAAAUUUCUUGAUGGCCAAAUUAUGCAUGGACGAGGUCUUAAGGGCUACGAAUGAGUAUGACUGCAAAGAGACCAUUAAGAGUCUACCAAGGAGCGCCCAAGAAGCGUACGAUCGAGGAUUGGAUCGGCUAGCAAUCUUAAACAGCAAUAGACGGACCGAGACGCCACUUCCCUGUCAUGCAAUUCAAGCCCUCUUUUGGGUUGCUUUUGCCUUGGUUCCCAUGACAGAUCGACAACUGAAGCAAGCGCUAGCCGUUGAUGAAGGGGACGAGGACUAUCACAUCACUAAGGAAACUCACCUCAGUAUCGAUACUCUAUGCGGCGAACUUGUGAUAGUGGACCCCUCAACUAGAUUUGUCCAUAGUGCUCAUAAAACAUUUACUGAGCACCUGAUGAUGGACAAGACUAGGGAGCGCUGGUUUCCAGAUAUUCGCGAACAUAUUCAUUUGACUUUGAUGAGAUACCUUCUACUUAAAUGCAUGAGAGAACCGGCGGAUGAUGCAUUCGGAGAACGAUAUCCCCUGACUGAAUACGCGAUGCAACUCUGGGGUGACGGUCUUGGGAAGAUCCUAAAACCGAAAACUCAGCUUUGGGAAACUACUGAACGAUUAUUGAAAGCACCGUUCGACCAAUGGAAUGAAUACCUCAAGCAUGAAGCAAUGGAUUUGAUGGAUUCGAGUAUUGAAGGGUGGGAUCCAGAUUUUGAAAGUCUCGGUCCUGGAACUAUCAGUGGCUUACACUGGGCCGUAUUCUUCGGUCUCCAGUGUUUUGUUCCUUUGCUACUCGACUACGAAAAGCAAAACCCUAUCACUAAUCCUGUCUCUAGGACUCCACUAGGACUGGCCGCUGCACAACACAAAAAUGAUAUAGCCAGAAAGUUAGUCGAAAAUGGGGCUGAAAUUAAUAUCGUCCUUAGCCAUGAUCGACCUGUUCGGCCGCCGCUUUACGACGCAGUUGAUUAUGAAAAUGGAGAACUAGUGUUCUAUCUUCUUGAACACGGAGCCGAUAUGACAUUAAGACGACACGAUAACAAUAAGUCGCCGCUUGAUAUCGCCUAUGACCGAUACAACGAAGAUGUUACUUCAAUUCUAGCAAGUUUCAUUUCGGGUCGAGUUCCAACAAAAGCCCAAGAGUUACAGUUUCUUGUGAGAGGUGGAUUUAGCACUCAGCUCAAGAAGGCUAUAAAUGAAGGCCUCGAUGUCAAUCACCCAUGUGAGAAUGGAAAGCGGGCCCUCGAUUAUGCCUAUGAGCUAGGUAAUCAGGAAAUCAUCGAUAUAUUGGAAGCUAAUCAUGCUACGCCUUUACUGAGUUGGCCUGCCUUCAAAACCGAGUCAUCUCCAUAUCCGCAAAACCUCCCUGAACCCUGGGGCAGUGGUCACGUUGUUACUAAGCAAAAGUUAUGGGACAUUGACAAAUGCUCUCUAGAGUACUGCAGGUACGAUCCGGAUAGUGACACGGAGGUUAAGGGUGACGCAGAGAGUAUGAAUACAGACGGAGAAGAUAAGGAUUCAGUCCUUCUUCUUCAGGUCCCAGUGGAUAGUAAGCUCAAGCUACCAUUGAAAAGUAUUGUUUUCGAGACUUACUCGAAACAUGCAAACGGGUGGGGCGAUGAAACGAAGAACACGACGUAUCUGAAUUCUGCGAGCAGCUGGUACGAGGUCUCCGUUAAGCAUGAGCAAACGAAAUCACAAGCUUUCAGAAUCCAGAACAGUGUCGAUGUGUCAAACUGGUUCAGGCUACAUACAAACAUUUGGAAUCUCAAGGAACUCGAAGUAUACUUUCCGGCAAGGGCGCAAUUCAUGAAGAACAUUCAGCACGGCGAUACAUUACAGGUCUCAGCUCACGCAAUGGGUUAUAAGGCGAUCAAUCAGAUUGCCUUUAUCCGAGUUAGGAUUUGUGGAGCCGAAUAA